GUUAAUUAUUCUGUUGUUCUCCUUCCCGUUUCCAGACGAUAUUGAUCAACCCGUUACGUCAGUAUUGAUAACUUUACCAAACCAAAAUCAAGUGCGAUUGCCCAGUUAAUCUCCAGGACCAGCUCAAAUGCAUGGAUAUUCAUAAAAAAAAACACGCGGAUUACCAUUCGCAAAUAUCGCCUCGUUUUCAAAUACAUAUCCGCGUUAAGUUUGGGGUACUCUUUUAUUUUCAUAACAUUUUUUUUUCAUGUGAGGUGGGAGAGCGUCAACGCUGUUUAACGAGGGGAAUCCAGCCCGUAUAUUUAUUGUAGCCGCUGAAAAAAAUCUCUUCAAUAUCCCCCAAGAUGGCCGCCGAUGUGGGAUCGAUGUUUCAAUAUUGGAAGAAAUUUGAUCUACGGCGGCUUCAGAGGGAGCUGAACUCGGUGGCGGCCCAGCUGUCAGGGCGACAGGAAGAGUGUGAACACUCCCACAGACACCUGCUGGAACUCAGCCGCGAGUUCAAGAAAAAUGUCCCAGAGGAAGUACGGGAGCUGGUCACCCCUGUCCUCAAGAGUUUCCAGGCCGAGGUGGUCGCUCUGAGCCAGCGCAGUAAGGAGGCGGAGGCGGCGUUCCUGGGAGUCUACAAACAGCUGAUCGAGGCCCCAGAUCCCGCUCCCGUACUGGAGGCGUCACACACUCUUGAGGAGAGGCUGCAGCAGCUUCAGAGCUCCGCCCCCGACAGCUUAGAGCUGAGAGAAGUCUCCACCCACUGGAAGACACACCUGGAGUGCCUUAACAACUCAGUCCUUCCAGAGGACGGUUCCAGCACGCUGGCAGAGGACGUUCCUGGGGCGUCCGGCCCCCCGUCCUGCACUAUGACCCCCAACAGCACACGCAAACCCAAGAGCUGCAGCUCACCGCACCAGAAUCACCACAACCAGACAGACGGGUCCUCUGAGGAGUCUGACUCUACUCUCUCCACCAGGCUGGGAGACACUGAGGGCAAAAUCUGCACCCUGCAGACAUCGCUGACCACGGCCCAGUCAGAGCUACUGGAGCUACACAGGAAAUAUGAGGAGGAGAUGGCCUCCAAGGAGGAGGAAGUAGGCCUGCUGGUCUCAAACCUGGAAAAAGCCAACCAGGUGGUCGCUCUGAGCCAGCGCAGUAAGGAGGCGGAGGCGGCGUUCCUGGGAGUCUACAAACAGCUGAUCGAGGCCCCAGAUCCCGCUCCCGUACUGGAGGCGUCACACACUCUUGAGGAGAGGCUGCAGCAGCUUCAGAGCUCCGCCCCCGACAGCUUAGAGCUGAGAGAAGUCUCCACCAACUGGAAGACACACCUGGAGUGCCUUAACAACUCAGUCCUUCCAGAGGACGGUUCCAGCACGCUGGCAGAGGACGUUCCUGGGGCGUCCGGCCCCCCGUCCUGCACUAUGACCCCCAACAGCACACGCAAACCCAAGAGCUGCAGCUCACCGCACCAGAAUCACCACAACCAGACAGACGGGUCCUCUGAGGAGUCUGACUCUACUCUCUCCACCAGGCUGGGAGACACUGAGGGCAAAAUCUGCACCCUGCAGACAUCGCUGACCACGGCCCAGUCAGAGCUACUGGAGCUACACAGGAAAUAUGAGGAGGAGAUGGCCUCCAAGGAGGAGGAAGUAGGCCUGCUGGUCUCAAACCUGGAAAAAGCCAACCAGAGAGCAGAGCUGGCUCAGAGGGAGGUGGAGCGGUUAAAGGAGCAGCUGGCCAACACUCAGAGCUCCCAGACCUCGAGCUGCCCAACACAGGAUGCCAAGGGAAAGGAGAGGGAGGAGACGGACGAGUGUUCCGCGUCCCAGCUGGAGGUGGCCCUCUUCACGAAGGACAGAGAGAUCCUCAGACUGCUGGAGAACGUGCAGAGGCUUCAGUUCACUCUGCAGGAAGUCCAGGACGCCUCGGCCAAUCAGAUCGCAGAGCUGGAGCGCCAGCUGGCCUAUAAGACAGAAGCUAUAGAGAGAUUAGAAGGGAGGCUACAGUCACAGCGGAACUAUGACGAGAUUAAAACUGAACUGAGCAUCCUGAAAGCGAUGAAACUGGCCUCAGCAAAUGGCAGCUUAACCCAGGAAUCUGCUAAGGCUGCAGAAGCACUACUUCUGGACAAAGAGGCCUUCCUGCCCUCUCAUAAGUACCUAAUGGACAAAGCCCGUGUGAUCCAUGCCAACGCUGUAGAUGAGGACCAAUCAGAAGAGACUGGAAAGGACCUGAGCCGGCCUAUUGGUUCAUACUCCUCCCCCCAGAGGCCGUUAUUGGGCAAUGGCUGCUCCUCCUCCAGCCCAGACCCCGCCCCUGUGAACGGAAGCUCCUCCUCCUCCUCCUCUGCCCACGACCUCUCGCGACCUUUCUCGGUGUCACCGUUCUCGUCAGAGAAGCUGCCGGGUGAGCAGCUCCUGCAGAAGCAGCUCCUGUCUCCGCUCCUGAAGAAAGAUGGCGGCCCCCACACCCCUCGAAUGGCCUUUCCCUCGGCCCUCUUCGCUGCCAAGGCCGCCCUCAUGUCGGCCAAUCAGGGCUCUGUAGGGGCGGGCCCCGGCGAGACCGGCAUGCCCAGCGACCAAUCGGAGAGCGGGGGCUCGAGCGUGGGUGAGGACGACCAGCUGGAGACGUCAGAGAUCGCCUACCAGGUGAAGGAGCAGCUGCUGAAGCACAACAUCGGGCAGCGCGUGUUCGGCCACUACGUGCUGGGCCUGUCGCAGGGCUCGGUCAGCGAGAUCCUGGCCCGGCCCAAACCCUGGAGGAAGCUGACGGUCAAGGGCAAGGAGCCCUUUCUCAAGAUGAAGCAGUUUCUGUCCGACGACCAGAACAUCCUGGCUCUGCGCACCAUCCAGGUCCGACAAAGAGGGAGUAUCACUCCUCGUAUACGAACUCCUGAAACUGGGUCAGACGAGGCCAUCAAGAAUAUUCUAGAACAGGCCAAGAAGGAGAUCCAGUCUCAGCGAGGAGGUGAGGGGAAGUCUCUGAGCGGCGGCUCCUCAGGGCGGAGCAGUGGAGGUGGCGGUGGUGGUGGUGUGGGGGGCAGCAGCUCCGACGAGACCAUCAAGAGCAUCCUGGAGCAGGCGCGCAGGGAGAUGCAGGCGCAGCAGCAGGCCCUGAUCGAGAUGGAGCACUGCGGUCGCGCCGCCUCCUCCUCCUCCUCCUCCGUCAUGGAGCGCCUCUGCCUCCAGGAUGCCGCCAAGGCUCUCCAGGGCCCGGGGCCCGCCUACGUGAAGCAGGAGGAAGGCGGCGUCGUCCCCGUGUGCGUGGGGAACCCCAUCAACAGCCCGCAGACGCCCCUGAGUGUGAUCUCCCCCGCCGCGUUCGUGCAGAACAUCAUCCGCAAGGUCAAGUCGGAGAUCGGCGAGGCCGGGGCGUACUUCGACCAGCACUGGUCGGCCGAGCGAGGGGGGCUGAGCCUCAUGGGGGUCGCCUCGCGACCUUUCACCUCCGUCUCGCCCUCCGUGUCCUCCUCCUCCUCCUCGGGGCACUCUGCCAUGCCCCGCCCGUGGCCCCGCCCAGAGAGUGGCGAGGGCCCGCCCACCAGCGAUGACACCUCGGGAGCGGAGGAGGAAGGAGGAGGAGGGGUCAGGGCGGGUGCGGGGACGCCGGCGCCACCAGGUGGCCGUCCUGUGGAGGUGAAGGUGGAGCCAGACAUGUCGGCGGCCGGGGACGGCCCGAGCCGCGGGCCGUACUACCCGUCGUACAUCCCCCGCACCCUCAAGCCCACCGUGCCCCCACUGACCCCAGAGCAGUACGAGAUGUACAUGUACCGCGAGGUGGACACCAUGGAGCUCACGCGGCAGGUCAAGGAGAAGCUGGCCAAGAACGGCAUCUGCCAGCGCAUCUUCGGAGAGAAGGUGCUGGGUUUGUCUCAGGGCAGCGUGAGCGACAUGCUGUCUCGGCCCAAGCCCUGGAGCAAGCUGACCCAGAAGGGCCGGGAGCCGUUCAUACGCAUGCAGCUGUGGCUACUGGACCUGCUGGGACUGGGUUUGAGCCAGCUCCCCAACCACAGCAACACACUGGUCUCCUCAGACAAGAGCCCCGUCCUGUCUCUGUCCUCCCCCUCUCCCCCCCCCAGCCCCGAGGAGCGCCCCCCCAGCCUGCCCCACCCCCCCGAGCCCAUCAGCCUGGCGCUGGAGAGCAGCAAGGAGAAUCAGCACCCCCACCCCCUUCACCCGCACCCACGCCCGCACCCCCACCCUCACGCCGACCCCCCCGGGGGGAAGAGCACCCCCGCCCUGCAGGUCCUGCCGCCCCCCCACACUCCCCUGGGCAUCCAGGAGCUGGUGGCCAUGUCUCCAGAGCUGGACACGUACGCCAUCACCAAACGAGUCAAGGAGGUGCUCACCGACAACAACCUAGGUCAGCGCCUGUUUGGCGAGACCAUCCUGGGCCUGACGCAGGGCUCGGUGUCGGACCUGCUCUCCCGGCCGAAGCCGUGGCACAAGCUGAGCCUGAAGGGCCGUGAGCCGUUUGUGCGCAUGCAGCUGUGGCUCAACGACCCGCACAACGUGGAGAAGCUCCGAGACAUGAAGAAACUGGAGAAGAAAGCCUACCUGAAGCGGCGCUACGGCCUGCUGAGCCCGGGCUCGGACAGCGACUCCCCGGGGACGCGCUCGGACUGUGUGAGCCCUGGCCUGACCCCUGGGCUGACCCCUCUGGAGCUCUGCCCCUUCACCCAGGCCAAGAAGCCGCGCGUGGUGCUGGCCGCGGAGGAGAAGGAGGCGCUGAGGAAGGCCUACCUCCAGGAGCCCUACCCCUCACAGCACACCAUCGAGAUGCUCGCCGCGCAGCUCAACCUCAAAACCAACACCGUCAUCAACUGGUUCCACAACUACAGGUCUCAACAGGACCUCCCUGUCACUCUCUUAUUCUCUCUCUCUCUCCUAUCUUUCACUCUCUCUCUCUUUAUUUAUUUAUCUCUAUCUAUCUAUCUAUUUCUUAGUUUGUCUCGAAUGCGGCGUGAGGUUCUCAUGGCGGGCCCUCAGGACAACGACACUGAUGCCGAGCCCACCCUCUACUCCCCCCUGGCUUCCCACAGCCCCGUCUCCGAUGGCGACGACAAGAAACCGCUCCCCCACGCACGCCCCCUCAGCGCCUCCAUCCGCCACCUCUCCGUCAAGCAGGAGGCCGGAGACCCAGAGCUGGAGGCUCCAGGGGAGGGGGACGCCACCGGCAGGCAGUCCAGGAUGAAGCACUUCCCAUUGUGCUUGCCGUUCCCGCCGCUGAAGUCCGAGCGCGAGGAGCCAGCGCCACACCGCCUGCACAGCGGCGGGGAGAACAAGGCCGGCAGUAGCCUGGGUCAGAGGCUCUUCUCUGGGUAUCUCAGCACGGAGGGACUUCAGAGGACCAGCAUGACCCAGCACGAGGAGGAGGACCCUGAGAAGUCGCCGGUGGACCCCGUCAGCUUCAAGGCCACGUCGGAGCCCUGCCGUAGCAGCCUGGAGGUGUCCCUCAACUCCCCGUCUGCAGCCUCCUCCCCUGGCCUCAUGCUGUCCGUCUCGCCCGUCCCCUCCUCCUCCGCCCCCAUCUCUCCAUCCCUUCCCAACCCUGCCUCCAACCACGGGCCGGAUCUUCAAUCCGCACCCAGCUACGGCCUGGACACCCCCGCCCCGCACAACCCCAAACCCAAGAAGAGCACUCAAAAGCGCAACGAGAAGAUGGCCAACCUGAACAACAUCAUCCACCGGCUGGAGCGGGCUGCAAACCGCGAGGAGACCCUCGAGUGGGAGUUCUAGAACAGAACCCUCUCUGAAGGUUUGUCAGAACACUUGCACCUGUUCACCCCAAGACUUUGAAAGAGAACCUUCUAGAGUCACCCCAAGGCUCUGAAAGAGAACCUUCUAGAGUCACCUCAAGACUCUGAAAGAGAACCUUCUAGUCACCCCAAGGCUCUAAAAGAGACAUUUUUUUUGAGUCACCCCAAAAACUCUACAAAAGAACUUUCCAGAGUCACCUUGAGACUCUGAAAGAGAACCCUCUGGAGUCACCCCAAGACUCUGCAGGAGAACUUUCUGGAGGCUCUGGAAGAAGCCCCGCACCCCAUCCUGGACCCCAGGGUCCCCUGCACUGAGCGGCCCCUCAAAGGGAACAUCAACCUGCAACACUUAACACUGAUGACACCCCUCUGGAGAGAAACACACACACACACACGCACACUCACACACACACACACACACACACAUUUCUAAACGUCUUUUAGGUAUUUUGAUAAAGGAUCGUAUUUCGAAUUUUAUGUAACAGCACGAGCUGUUGUGUUUUAAACAAUGGAGAGAGAAAGAGAGAGAGGAACUCUUAGGUGAAGACUUGCAGCUACUGUGUCAUGAAAUGCACACUGAAGUCUUGGAGAUUGCCAAUGGGUGAGAUUAUUUCAAAAAGACCGCUGUCUUAAGCCAUUUAAAAAAAAGCACUAUACUUAUUUAAAAUGAGACACUGACCAAAUUUGCUACUUUUUGAAUAGCAAUUUUUCAGAUUUUGUCUGUAAGACAGGACAGUAAAAAGAUGAGCAGCUUAUGA